AUUACACUGGCAAUAUUUCACUUUUAGCUAAUUUAAACUGUGAGGAGAAAGCUUAACUUGGAUACACAACGGAGAUCACAUUCGUUCUAACGAUUACUUUAGCAUCUACGAAAAUAAAAUAAAAUGUGGCUACGAGGUCAACAACAGGCAGUAUAUAAUCAAAUAAUCAAAACCAGUGUGUCUUGUGAGAUGACAGAGGAGAGGACAAAACCAGCAAAAAGUUUCCUUAGACAACUGUUAAAAUAUCAUUUAAAAAACUCCCACUUUCGGUUUCUCAUGCAUUUAUAUCCCUCUCAUCCAAACUCCACCAUCUCUCUCUAGAAAUUCAGUUCUCCUUCUCCAUAGCUCUGCAAUUGCAAUGGAAAACCGAUUCAAACUCAAGCUCUCAAACAUGUUCCGAUCCUCAUUCGGCUCCUGCAGGACCCGAAACUUGUCUGACGUGAUCGAAAAAUCCGUCUUCUUGCCUGAAAACCAGCAAGGCUUGCACGCCGCCGAUCCGCCUCAUAAACAGCCGGCAGCUCUACCGAUUCCUUCCAUUUGCAGACCCAAAUGCUCCGACUCAAACCAACCCAUUAUCUCUAUCAAGGAUGUAAUGCUUCCAAGACGCAACAUUUUUGAAAAGUACCCUCCUUUUGUAAAACCCUUUAAUCCCGACGGCCACACAUGCCCUCCAGCCUCGCCGAUCUCGCAGCCGUUAAACCCCUUCUACAACCACCAUGAAAAAAGCUCGAAACAGAUAAAAAUCAGAGACAAGAAGAAGACGAAGGCGAGGAAUUCAAAGAAGAACAAAUCCAACGGCGAUUUUUUCCCGUUCAGUACGUCUUCUUUUGAUACCAAUACCUACAGAGGGUGGUGGUCGAGCAGUGACGAUGAGACAGACACUCUGUUUUCUUCAAAGAGCCACUCCUCCCACUCCUCCCGGCCCCGGUUGCGCCGCCGUUCCCGGCCAAACGGGAGCAGCAGCAGCCGCAGAAGAGAGAGCUCCGACGUGGGUCUGCUUCCGUUGCAAGGAAGAGUGAAGGACAGCUUUGCUGUGGUGAAGAAGUCGAGCGAUCCGUACAACGACUUCAGGACGUCAAUGGUGGAGAUGAUCUUCGAGAAGCAGAUAUUUUCGGCGAAGGAUCUAGAACAGCUUCUGCAGUGUUUUCUGUCGUUGAAUUCGACACACCAUCACAGGGUGAUUAUUGAGGUUUUUACUGAAAUUUGGGAAGCCUUGUUUUCCAACUGGGGAUCUUGAAAAAAAAAAAAAAAAAAACAGAAAAAAGAAGAAGAAAACUCUCCAUUUUCUCUGCUUAUUACUCUGUUUUCUCUGUAAUAUGUGUUUUCUAGAGUAUUAAUUAAUAGUUAGAAUCUAACUUUGGAUAACUACUUUGACUGGGUUUAGUAGUACUUCACUUUCGAAUACUGAAAGAUGGUUCAAGUUCGAAUAUCAUAUUCCCGUCGAUAAAAAAAAGACGGCAUUAAUAUGUAAUUUAUUUCUUUUUUAUUUCUUAGUAAAAGUGGUUUCUAUA